GAGGUUAACUUUUGACGUUGUGAUUUGAGGUUAAGUGAUAAAAAAUAUAAACAAAGCAUUCCUAAUCCUAAUUUCAUACUCAAACUCAAAUAAAAACUCAAUCAUGGGCCAAGGAAAAAGCCAAUUUACAGAAGAAGAAUUGCAAGACUACCAGGACUUGACAUAUUUCACUAAACGGGAAGUUUUAUAUGCACACCAAAAGUUCAAAUCCUUAGCUCCAGAGAAAGUGGGGCAUUCAAAAAAUGCCAAGCUUCCAAUGAAUAAAGUACUACAAUAUCCUGAAUUAAGUGUGAAUCCAUUCGGUGAUAGAAUAUGCAAAGUUUUUAGUUCUAGUCAUGAUGGAGAUUGUACAUUUGAAGAUUUUCUGGACAUGAUGUCCGUACUGAGUGAUGCAGCACCAAAAUCUGUAAAAGCAGAACAUGCUUUCAGAAUAUUCGACUUUGAUGGAGAUGACAUGCUUGGUGUUUCUGAUCUCAAGAAUGUUAUAGAAAGAUUAAUUGGCAAGAAUCAUUUGAAUGAAUCUGAAACUCAAUUUUUGAUAGAUAAUAUUCUUGAAGAAGCAGAUUUAGACGACGAUGGAGCUCUCUCUUUUGCAGAAUUUGAACAUAUAAUAGAUAGAUCUUCUGAUUUCAUGAGUGUUUUCAGAAUAAGGCUAUAGGACCUUCAACCUGAAUCUCAGUCUUCUCAGAGCUAGUCAUAGAGCAUGCUAUUUACUUAAAAUUAGACUUUUAUAUGGUGUUUUCACCUGUUUUGUGAUAUGAUUUUAAUAAAAAUUAUUAAAAU